UGAUGCUUUCACUUUGGUUGGUGUGGCAUGACCCUGAGUGGUUAAUGGGUUCACGUGUCCUUUCAGGGAAUGGCAUGCGUGUCUAUGGAUAUGUGUUGUGUGUGUGUGUGUGUGUCUUCUGUUGGACAAGGCAGAGUUUUUGAUGCUGAUUUUUCUGGGAAGAGGUCAAAGAGAUCAACAUGCAGACACAGUGUUCUUCGUUCACUCUUGCUAGUGAAAAAUACUUUUCCUGUAGAUUAAUCAAAAUUCAUAUUCAUUGCAUGCAAAUUGACAAGGGUGCUGCAUUCUGGCUUUCCUGUCUAAUUCUUCAACCUUCCCAGGUUUUGAAGAGAGCUUCCUGACACCAGGGCAGCUGGUGCCUUUCUGCUUUAGACGGAGGCACUGACUGUGCCAAGCAAACCCUGCUGGAUUCUGACCUUCUUUGGGGUGUAAAUUGAGUGGGGUGGCACUGCUUUCUCUGUCUUUCUGAUGCCUGAUGACCCCGCAGGCUGUAGGUGGGGUGAGACCGUUUAGCACCUUGAAGCCCAGGUCCUGGGCACUGAGUCACGCUGUGUAGCUCCUCUAACCCUUUACCGCUCUCCCCAGCCUUCGCUUUUCAUCUCAUGGCACUCAACAGAAGCGUAAAAGCCGUCAGGACUGAAUCUAUUCCCUAAGUCUCCUUAUAAACACUCAGAGAAGAAGGUGUUUUCAGUGGCAUUUCAGUGGCCUUGGGAGGCGUCCACGUGAUGAAAGGUACAGCACUGCCUGUGAAGAUGCGGCACCUGAAGCUUCCAGCGAACAAUGACGAUUGCCCCUGCAGACGCCUGAGCCUCGGUCCCGGCCUGCACGUGCUGCUGCUUGCUUCAUCUCCUCAACCCUACCUAUAAGGAUGCCUUGGCAAAGAAUUCACCAGGGCUUUGCCUGAAGAUCUGCUAUUUUGUAAGGUACUGGAUAACAGAAUUCUGGAUCAUGUUUAAGAUGGAUACCAGCUUGGCAAGCACCAUGGAGGAGUUUCAGGAACUGGUGAAAGCAAACGGCGAGGAGCUCCACCGCCGCCUGAUUGACACAACGCAAAUCAAUGCCCGUGACUGGUCCAGGAAACUGACUCAACGGAUAAAAUCGAACACCAGCAAGAAGCGGAAAGUCUCCCUGCUCUUUGACCAUCUGGAGCCAGAAGAACUGUCUGAGCACCUCACUUACCUGGAGUUCAAGUCCUUCCGGAGGAUAUCGUUCUCUGAUUAUCAGAAUUACCUUGUGAAUAGUUGCGUGAAGGAGAACCCCACCAUGGAGCGGUCCAUUGCUCUGUGCAACGGCAUCUCCCAGUGGGUACAGCUGAUGGUUCUCAGCCGCCCCACCCCCCAGCUCCGAGCUGAAGUCUUCAUCAAGUUCAUCCAGGUGGCCCAGAAGCUCCAUCAGCUGCAGAACUUCAAUACGUUGAUGGCGGUGAUUGGAGGGCUAUGUCACAGCUCUAUUUCCAGGCUCAAGGAGACAAGUUCACAUGUCCCGCAUGAAAUCAAUAAGGUUCUAGGUGAGAUGACUGAGCUGCUGUCCUCCUGCAGAAACUAUGACAACUACCGGCGUGCUUACGGGGAGUGCACCGACUUCAAGAUCCCCAUCCUGGGGGUGCACCUCAAGGACCUCAUCUCCCUGUACGAAGCCAUGCCCGACUACCUGGAGGAGGGGAAGGUGAACGUCCCCAAGCUGCUGGCCCUGUACAACCACAUCAAUGAGUUAGUCCAGCUACAGGAGGUGGCCCCACCCCUGGAGGCCAACAAGGACCUGGUGCAUCUGCUGACGUUAUCCCUAGAUCUCUACUACACCGAAGAUGAAAUCUAUGAACUUUCCUAUGCCCGGGAACCCAGGAAUCACAAAGCCCCACCACUAACACCUUCAAAGCCACCAGUAGUAGUGGACUGGGCCUCUGGAGUAUCUCCCAAACCUGAUCCAAAGACCAUAAGCAAACAUGUCCAGAGGAUGGUGGAUUCUGUCUUCAAGAACUAUGAUCAUGACCAGGAUGGAUACAUUUCCCAGGAAGAAUUUGAAAAGAUUGCUGCAAGUUUUCCAUUUUCCUUCUGUGUGAUGGACAAAGACAGGGAAGGCCUCAUCAGCAGAGACGAGAUCACGGCCUACUUCAUGAGGGCCAGCUCCAUCUACUCCAAGUUGGGCCUGGGUUUUCCUCACAACUUCCAAGAGACCACCUACCUGAAGCCCACUUUCUGUGACAACUGUGCUGGAUUUCUCUGGGGAGUAAUCAAACAAGGGUAUCGGUGUAAAGACUGUGGGAUGAACUGCCACAAACAAUGCAAAGACCUGGUUGUGUUCGAGUGCAAGAAGCAAGCCAAGAACUCAACAGCUCCCACAGAGAUCAGCACUUCUGUGGGGCCAGCGUCCAACCUUUGCUCCCUGGGAGCUAAGGAUCUGCUCCAUGCACCUGAGGAAGGACCUUUCACAUUCCUUAACGGGGAGGCUGUGGAACACAGCGAGGACAGUAAGGAUCGGACCAUCAUGCUCAUGGGGGUAUCCUCACAGAAAAUUUCUGUUCGGCUGAAGAGGACUUUCGCCCACAAGGCCACCCAGACUGAAGCACUGUCUUGGCUUGGCAGUGAAGGCCCUUCCAGUCACUUUGUGCUGUCGUCCCCAAGGAAGACAGCCCAGGAUACUCUGUAUGUGUUGCCCAGCCCUACGUCUCCAUGUCCCAGCCCAGUCUUGGUCAGGAAGCGGGCUUUCGUCAAGUGGGAGAACAAGGAAUCCUUCAUAAAAUCAAAGGAGGAGCUCCGUCACCUCAGGCUCCCAACAUACCAAGAGCUGGAACAGGAAAUAAACACCCUGAAAGCAGAUAAUAAUGCUCUAAAGACCCAACUGAAAUAUGCACAGAAGAAGAUAGAAACCCUCCAACUUGCAAGAAACAAUCAUGUCUUGGCUCAGAUGGAGCAGGGUGACUGUUCUUAGCCCAGAAACUCAAGAAAAACAAACUGUAGAGUAUAUCAGAGAUCUCAUUUCCUAAACCUCAACACAAAGACCCGGAGAACCUUAGACUGACUGGCUUUAAAAAGGGUACUUUAAAGAAAAGGAGCUACUUUUUUACUUAAAAGAUUCUUACUGUGCAGUAAGGUUUUCUCUUCCAGUCAGUUUGAAUCAAACGGAGGAUAGCUGAAGAAUGAGAAAUAUUUGCCAUUCAUUCCACAAACUUUUUCUCCCCUUGGGACUAAUAUCAAAAGCAUGGUAAAACACAUGACUGUAGUUUUCUGACAAGGUAGCUUCUUCUACAUGACCUGUCCAGCUGCUGCUUCCUUAGAACUAAAAUCCCUGGAAAAUGAAUGUUUCCUUCCCUGGCUUUUUCUGAGGCAUUGUUCCAUCCAAAACUUGCUUAUGAUGGAAAAAUACCCACAUGCCAAAAGGAGAAUCACUUCCGCUGUAUUUCAGCAUUCUUUACAAACCUGGUUCCCACUUCACUACCUCAGAUCUAAUCAAUUUGCCUUUCCCCCUCCUUCCUCACUAUAUUCUUACACAAAAAAGGAUAUCUACCUAGAAGAGAACUUCUAGAGAUGUAGCCAUAAAUUUGGGGGUGGGGGGCAGGAAGGAGCUAUUAAACAACAUGACAUCAUCCAGUUACAAGUCAACUCAAUUUUAGUCUCACAAUCAUGAUAAAAUAGCCAAAUUAGUACCUGGAAACAUGGCUAUUACCACCUCAUACAUGGCUGGCUAAUUAGCUAAAGUAAAUAUAACACAAACAUGUUUGUCCCUUACAUAAUCUACAAUGGAUAGAAUUAAGAAUUUAUAGCUUUUUUUAAAAAGUCUGUUUAACUUACAUGUGCCAUUUUUUUUUUUGAAGUAACUGUUUUUUGAAUUGAAUUUGUGCUUUUGUCUUCACUAUUAAUACUAUUUAGAAAUAAGCUAACUGGAUGAGAGGUUUCAAUAAUAGCUGACAGCAUGUACAUAUGUACAUAUUGUGUAUAUACAACAUCAGACAUGCAUGUGGCUUGGAAUUCUGUUUCCUCCUUCAGAUGUGGAAGUGAUUUAGACUUUUGGUCAUGUAUACAAAUUCACAAAGUUCAGUUUGUUACAAGAUAAGAAAUUACUUAUAACGUAAAUUGUAUUGUUUGGCAAAAUCACAAGAGUCCUGUGAGUUUUCUGUUAAUGAAGGUUAAUGAUAAAUGGGCUUAUUUAAUUAUCUGGGCAACUGUUGACAAACUUUGCUGUCAGACUCUUUCUCUAAAAAAAAUUCAUAUGAUCAUUUUCUUUUGGCCGGAAACUUACCUUCCAUGCUUGGAUGCCUGAUGCCGAGCUGACUUAAAAUUCAUACACAAGCUGACCAACUGCCAAGAAUAUAAUCUCAACAACCAGAACUUCCAAACCGGCAACACCAAGUCUUAGUCAGAAACAAACUAUAUAUGCAGUAUAGUUUCCUGGAAGGAUUCAGACCAUUUAAGAAGUUUCUUUGAUGAAAGACCAGUUCCCAUUUGCAUACCCCCUUGUACUGAGAUUUAGUGAAAAAGCAAAUGACUAGCUUUCACUUAGUGUUAAUAGUGUUUUUAAAAAAAUCACUGUACACACAAAUUUACAUCUUUCUACAUCCAAACUCAGAAAUCCCCAUGGCAGGGCUGUUUAGGUCCACUACUUGGUAUAUAAUCAUGUAGGAAGUACUUUGCUACUUACCUUAUAUGGAACAAAUGAGUUUACAGUCAUCCUUAAAAUUCUUCCCUUAUUCUUGUCCUCUGAUACAAACCAAAGACAGUACAGUUCAAUUUCUUUAUGUGGAGUUAUAAAACACAAUUGAAUUUUUUUUCAUUCUUCUUAUAUGCCAUCCAAAAUACAGAGCCUAGGUUAGUGUAUGUAAAUAAUUUGUAAUCUAGAGGAAUUCAAAAGGUCACCGUCUCCUUAGUCUAAUUAACAUGGCUAGAAGGUCUCAGGCCUUCCAGAAUUUAUCACUGAAAUGGACAGGAAGCAGUAGUUUCACCACAGGUCUUUACAAUCCAGCAAGGGCCAAAGAAGUAUAGUGUAUAAAUCAGUAUUAUUUGCUCUGAGCGAUGUGGGAUUAGUGAAAUCUACAGAAAUAAUCUGGAACAAAUUUUUUGUCAAGCCUACAGUACAAAUUUGUGUAUCUUGUAUCAACUUGAAAUAAGUUUGGGCAUAUAUUUAUCUGUCAAAACAAGGACAAAUCUUGUUUAACAACAGUGUCACUUCUUUUCUUUGGUAAUUGAUUUGCUGUUUUACUUGUGAAUUUCUGUUUAAAGAUGUAUAAUGUAAAAGAACUGCAAGGAAAAAACAAAUGUACAGAUUGUAAAGGUGGGUUUUUUUUUGAUACCUAAUAUAAGUUUUCAUUGUGUAAUAUUUAUAUGAUAAAAGACAUUAGGAUCCCUACAACAAA